CGUUGCUGUGUAUAGACUGGCCAAGCCCCAGACAGUCUCAGCUCAGGAUCAGCAACGUUCUGAGGCUUCUCCACGUCAGGACAAAUAUUUACCCGGGAUAAAAGCUGCUGGCUGGAGCUGCAAACCACUCACUUUGCAAAGUCGAUCUGUGCUGAGGCAGCUCCGAAUACAGGAUGAAGAUUCUAACUGCACUUGUGUUCCUGGGAGCUGCCAGACUCUCCUAUAGCCAAGAAGAACAUUUAUCAUUAGACCCUAUGCAGGAUGAAACCUCGGUGCUGGAAUCGUUGGAUUAUCCAUUGGAAGAGGAAGAGGAGGAGGAGAUCCUGACCUCUCCAGUGCAGAGACUGGCGUACUCUAUCUCUGACUUUGGCUACGACCUUUACCGGCUGGUGGCCAGCAGGAACCCCAAUGCCAACGUCUGCCUGUCUCCCCUGAGUGUAGCUACGACUCUGUCAGCAUUGUCCCUUGGUACGGUCUCCACAAGCGAGCAGAUUUUGCAUGGAGUUCUGAACUAUGAUUUAGUGAAGGACCUGAAUAUUCAUAGUGUCUACAAGGACCUGCUGAGUGAUGUUACAGCUCUCCCCAAAGACUUCAAAACGGUUUCGCGAAUUUAUGUAAAGAAGAAACAGAGAAUGAGGGCGAACUUUAUGAAUCAAGUUGAAACGUUCUACGGUGCCAGACCUAAGGCCGUGAGUGGCAAUAAUCGACAGGAUGUGCAGAAUAUCAACCAAUGGGUGAAGGCCUAUAGCAGUGGCCUGAUAGAUCGAGUCAUCAGUUCAAUCCCACAGGACCUCAGUCUGCUCCUCCUCAGUGCUGCUCAUUAUAAAGGCCAACUGUUAGCCAAAUUCAACACAGCAGAGACAACCCAAAAAGCGUUCAGUGUAGAUUAUGGUCAAGUUGUCAACGUUCCCAUGAUGUCUGACACAAACUAUCCUUUACGUUAUGGCUAUGACACGGAACUGAGAUGCAAGAUUGGCCUGUUUCGAUAUGUGGGUGACAUCAGCCUGCUCAUCUUCCUACCUGCCGAAAUCAGGAGGAACAUGAGCCUGAUUGAGGAGAAUCUGAACCCUGUGUUUAUCCAUGACCUAGUCGGUCAGCUGCAGGAUGUGCAAGCGAGCGUCUCUUUACCCAAACUGAAGAUCAACAUUGACCAGGAGCUGAAGGAAUCACUUGGUGAAAUGAAUCUGACUCCUCUAUACACUCCAUCACGACUGAAUAAAAUUACAAACAUGCCAAUGAAGAUCUCCAGCAUUAAGCACCACACUUUCUUGGAGUUGAACGAGCAAGGUGUUAAGGCAUCUCCUGUGUUGGAUCCCAACAACAGACAACUCAUCGUGGAUUUUCAGGUUAAUCGACCCUUCAUCCUAGUCCUGUACGACAACCCGUCUGGAUCUUUGCUGCAUAUUGGGAGAGUCUUGGAUCCCAGGGGGCUGGUGGAAUAAUCUCUCCACCAAUAGACAGCAGAACAAGCCUGGCAUUAUACACAAGCAAAAGCCAUGUAGAAAGGGAUCAUCACCAGUUCACCCAAUCCCUCAGACGGCAAACAUUCGCUUCGACCUUCUUACUGAGUCACCUGAUACAGCUGUUCAGGUUUAGCAGGAGUUUACAUCACCGUGACUCAGUUGGAUGAUAGAAGCACCAAAGUACCCCACAGUUACACCUUAGCCCUCACAUCUCCACCUUGCUCUGCCUGAACUACACCCCCCUCUACCAGCUCCAUAACUCACCACAAACAGUUUGGCUUUUUCUCCGUCAUCACUAAGCAUUGUCCUCAAAUACUGAACAUUUUCUUCCCCCUCUAUAAAAUCCAAGUCUUUCUAUCUCCUUCUUAUCCUCACUAUCUUACCUCUCUCCCUUCCUCUACACCUCAGUCUCCUUCUCCCCCUCCAUCUCUCUCUCCUGCACCCUCAUUCUGUUGAGAUCGAGACUACCAUCUCUAACUCAAGCUUUCCCAGUUUAAACAUCACUUUUCACAAAACAAUGCGACUCAUCUUUCUCUCUUUUCCUCUCGCACCUGCUGUGUUUUUCAUCCCUCGCCUGGGGUGGGAAGCAUGAACGUGAUAAUAAACUUUAAAAAACUCCCACAUCAGCCCUGUGCUGUCCUGUUGGGAGCAGAGUGUAGGCUGUCAGGCUAAGUAGUGGGAGAGUGUGUGUUAUUAUCGGCUGAGCCCCCUGCAAUGGAAAGCAUUUUGAGAGCAUCUCAAAGAUUCCCUCCUGACGACCCUGAAAGGGUUAAAUCCAGCAUUCUGUUCACCACAGCUUGCGACAGAGCAAAGCUUUAUAACUGUUAAUUUCAGACGCUGCUACCUGAUGCUCUUACAAGAAAAUCAAAACCACUUUUCAUUGUGAAUGAAAUUUGUUCUGGAAACAUUCACUAUGUCCAGCAGUUCAUCAUCCUCCACCCACUAAACGGAGCCAGGAUUGGCACAGCCCACAUGAACCAGGAACCAGGUCCACAGCCUUCAUUAAAUAGGUUCAUUCCUAAGUACACAAACAUCAAGAAGUCUUUCAAGAGGGUUAAUUUCACACAUGAAUGUAUCCCCUCAGCUAUAAUAUUGAGUGUGUGAAAUACACCGAGGAAAUAAAGCUCUGCUAAACUUGUA